AAUCGAUUUGUGUUCAGCUCUAGCUUCUAGAACAAAAAAAACGCGAAUUCGCGAAUUGAUGAAAACGCCGCUGCGGAAAUUCUGCUAGCCGAAUGAAAAUCCCCGCGGCGGAGAGUGCGGGUGAAUUGCAAACGGGAAGCGAAAGAUAAAAAAAACACGGCUAGCUGAGAGGCGUCACGUAGACGGCCGACUGAUCGAUAUUCAACACAGGCGCAGGCAGCAUACACGCACACGAGAGAUUGUGUGAGCCACCACACACACAUACACAUGGAGAACACUCGAGGUGGGGAAAAUAAUGUAGAACUGGCCAACGGCAGUAAGGAUUUGGCCAAGGAGUCAAAGGAGCAGAUGGAAAAUGCCGAAAAACUGGAAGGCAAAAGACUGGAAGAGCGGGAAACGCCUGGAAAGGGAGUAAACAACGAGGCGGCGGCUCUUUCAGUGGAAAACAACAACGCAAAUGCCCGCGGAAAUGCCAUUCCAACAACUACAAGCGCAGAGGAGACGGCAACAAAAAUAAAUACCCCAGCAGAAGCAAAACCAACUACAACUGCAAACAGCAACACAAACAGCAUACCCAUACACCAGCUACAACAAUUGCAGUCAGGCGGUGGGAAUGCAAAUAACACAACAAAUGCAAUAACAAAGCCAGCAGCAGCUAAAGAAGAAGAAGAAGCAGCAGCAGUAGUAGUACUAGCAAAACCGACAACUGCAGAGGCAGAAGCUACACCAACACCAACAACAACAAAUGUCUUGGCAGAGACAACAAUAACAACCACAAACUCGGACGAGAAGACAGAAGAGCGCAACCACAAGAAGAAGAAGAAAGAUAAGGAGAAGGAUGACGAUAAGAAUCGUCGCAUCAGCAACAGCAGCAGCAUUAGCAAGGAUCGGGACAAGGAGAGAGAUCGGGAGAGGGAACGGGAACGGGAGCGAGAAAGAGAAAGAGAACGAGACAGGAACCGCGAGAGCAGCUCCAAAUCUUCCAAGGAGAGCGACUUCAAGUCCAGCUCAUCGCGCAGCAAGGAGAAGAAGUAUCAUCGCAGUGAUAGGGACAGGGAAAGGGAACGCGAUCGGGAGAAGAUAACCUCCUCGUCAUCCAGUUCCUCCUCGCACUCGCAUCGGCGCCGGAGUUCCGAUAGUAGCCGGAGCAGCCAAAACAGCUCCACCAAGUCGAAGGACCCAGGGCAAGACCAGGUUUUGCCUCAGGCGGUGGCUGCCGCCCUCGAGCAGCAAAUCAAAGUGGAGGAGACCAUUAAAAAGGAACCAGUGGAAAUUAAACUAGAAACGGAAGCAGAACCAUCACCAGUACUUAGUAACCUCAUCAAAACUGAAGCGGAAAUCAAAACGGAAUCGAAGGGAGAACCAGCCAAGCCAUUGGUAAAUGGCGACGCGGUAGGGAAAACCCGCGAGGAAGUCACCAGACAGCUAAACUUCGGAGACAAAAGCUCCAAUUCCAAGCUAAUGCCAUCGCCGGCACCGAAGACUAGUUCUGGAUCAAACUCUCUCAGCAAUCAUUCCUCCAGCCAGAGCAGCAGCAACCGCAAGCCGUACACGUCAUCAUCAUCCUCUUCAUCUUCCAGCAAUCAUCACAAGAGUUCCUCGUCGUCAUCCUCACGCCACUCGUCCUCGUCAUCCUCAUCUCGAGAUUGCUCAAAGUGCUACAAGCGCUCAAAAAUACGGCGAACCAGUGUGGGAGUUCAGUGCCUGCAACAUGCUCCGGUAUCUGGUCCUUGGCAAACUGUUCAGAGCUUGCCGCCGAAGCCCAACCGAAAAGCACCAGCUGGCUUGGAGCAUCUCAAGUACGGCUGCUACUUCCAGGUGGAGCAAUAUCCUAACGGUGGGGCAUCCAUUGUUCACCUGUAUCAGCAUGAAAUCGAUGCAUUGCCGGCGGACGAAAUGGAGGAGCUUGUGGACGAGUUUUUUGAGGUAUGCUUUGCCGAGGACGAACAGGGCUACGCUCACCAUGUAAUGGGCAUAGUCCACGAUUCGGCCCGAUAUCUGCCCGACCUGCUCGAGCACAUGGCGGAGAACUACUCAACGCUGACAGUUAAGGCCGGAGUUCUUGGACGGAACUCGGACAUCGAGACGUGCACGAUGUCGCAAUACAAUGAGCAAGUGGUUCGUAACUAUUGCCAAGGAACCUUUCGAUAUGGGCCUUUGCAUCAGAUCAGUCUGGUUGGUAAAGUUCAUGAAGAAGUGGGCGGUUACUUUCCGGAUCUUUUGGGACGCAUUGAAAUGAAUCCAUUUUUGCGAAAGACCAUGCCUUGGGCUUGUAAUUCCAUUCUCCAAACGGACCCACGUCAGUCGAACGAUGGACCCAUCCUCUGGAUACGCGCUGGAGAACAGCUAGUGCCCACUGCAGAGCUGAAUAGCAAGACUCCGCUUAAAAGACAGAGAACUCGCAUCAAUGAGCUGCGAAAUCUUCAAUAUCUACCGCGCUUGUCGGAGGCCCGUGAGACCAUGAUCGAGGAUCGAACCAAGGCGCAUGCAGAUCAUGUAGGCCAUGGCCACGAGCGCAUCACCACCGCUGCAGUUGGCAUACUAAAAGCUGUGCACUGUGGACAAGCGUACUCGCAGAAUCGCAUAACCAAGGACGUGGUUGCUUUUGCCGCCCAGGACUUCAACACAAUGGUGGAAAUGCUGCAGCUGGACCUGCACGAGCCCCCGAUCUCGCAGUGUGUGCAGUGGAUCGAGGACGCUAAACUGAAUCAGCUACGUCGCGAAGGCGUCCGCUAUGCUCGCAUUCAACUAUGCGACAACGAUAUAUACUUCCUACCCCGCAACAUUAUCCACCAGUUUCGCACUGUGACGGCGGUGACGAGCAUAGCUUGGCACCUGCGCUUACGACAGUAUUAUCCUGGUCAAGAGGUGAUCAACGAGAAGAAUAACCCUGUACUGGCCGAAACGCCACACUAUAAGGAGAAGCAAACGAUUUUGCCUAAUCCAAUUAGCCUCGAUGAAUGUGGCAAGAAGACGCCUUCAAAGCGGGCGCAUGAUGGCAGGACAAAGAAGAAACUUAUUGACCUCGAUGGCAAGGAGCGGCGAUCUAGCGAGAGCAGCAUUGACGAUCAGCCACCUGCAGGAAGUGCCUCUCCAAAUCAAAAUCAGGAAAGCAACAGUAGCAGUCAGAGCAGCUCCAGUGGGGCUAGUACGCCCAAAAAAAAGAACAACAAGGAUGACUCCAAAAUUGAUAUGCGUAAAAUGGUGCUGGAGCACACAUAUAAGCUGACCAAAGCGGCGGUUGUGGGAACUCCGGAAAAGGAAAAGCCCAAAAAGGAUAAGGAUAAGGAAAAGAUUAGGGAGAAAGGUAGAGAAAAGGAAAAGGAACGAGACAAAGACAAGGAAAAAGAAAGGAGGAGUGAAGCAACGCCGAAGAAGCAUACUGCACCAGCGAAGACUUCCUCCAUAAGCGAGCCUUCGCCUGCUAAAAUUCUCCGUUUAAGCAAUGACACGGCUCAAAGUUCUCCAUCUGUUGUUAACUCAGUUGCGUCUACACCUAAACCUAUACUUACACCCAUAUCUGCUCCUGCACCACUGCCUGUUCCUACUCUUCCUGUUGCUGCUGCACCACCCAUCUUGUCCGGACUGCCACCGCCACUUGUGCCUCAGACGCCAUUCAUUCAUCGCCUCAACCAAAAGGAACCGGAGAUAAAGAUCCAAAUGAAGAUAGUGUCCGAUUGCAAAAGUGAUAACAGUACCUCCAGUUCGGUUUUAUCGGCAGCAGCGCCACCACCGCCUCCGCCGCCACCGCCAGAUCCAAUUCAGGAUGUCGCCAACGAGCUGAUUGUGGAGAGCACUCCGCAACUGGUCGUGGAUCACGAGGAGGAGGUGACCGAAGUGUGUGCGGAGGAGAUUGUGGAGAUGGACAUACCGAUUCCCAAGGAACCAACCCCAGCUGUUGCUUCGAAUGCGUUUUUAACUUCUGCAUCUCCUGCACCACCCACACCUGCUCCCCUUCCCAUACCACUAUCUGUGCUCCACCCACCACCGCUACCGCUGGCAGCUGCUCCACCUCCUCCACCACCCACUCAAAUAGUAAAGGUGGUUCUCCCAGCCUCUUUGAAUCCUCUCAACAGAAUGUCAGUGGUUCUGCCACCCUUGCCGCCAUUGCCGCCUUCACGGAUAACAGCACCACCACCUCCACCUCCGCCGCCAAACACCAAUAGUAGUGGCAACGUAGUGCCCAUAGCGGCCACAGCAUCCCCACUAAAACCCACCUACAAAACCAUUAGUUUGCCCUCGCACAAGAUCAUAAUCGCAGGGACAACGGGCGGAAAUCGCGUCUCAAUUGCAAAAGGGACGACCAAGAAAAAUGUGGACCUGCUGGGGUCCAUUAUGGCCAGCAUGGACAAGCCAGCGGGGAGUGGCUCCAAUCUAAACUCCUCAUCAUCGACAUCCUCGGCAACAACGAAUAAUUCGCUUUCCUCAUACGCCAACUCCAACAACAGCUUCUGAAAAUGGAAAACGGAAUAGCAGGAGAGCGGAAGUAGAGGCUCCUAUUUGGACUUUAUGUGAAACUAUAUAUUUUGUAUAUUAAGAAGCCUCUCGGAAUUCCGUUUAACGGAUUUCGAGAGCUUAAAUCCUUUUCAGAAAGAUCUCUAAACGCUGAAAGAGAAUUGUGCACGUUAAAGUAUCGCUUACUCACUACAAAAUUAUCAUGGCAACAAGUUUUUAAUUUGUAUUUAGUGGCCCAAAAAUAUCCGUCGAGUAUGACGUUAUAAUUUAUAUUGCAUUAAAACAACUACUAAAUAAGUUAUAAGCGCUUUUCCAAUCUAUUUCAGUGACAAGAGAUCUUUCUUUGUAUAUAGCCAAAAGCUAAUAUGUAGUCUUACACCUCACAUACAAACACCCCUAUAUUUGAUAACGAAACGUAGAUUUGUAAGCUCAAAACGAGAGACACUUGAUAGAGAUGUAGUUUUUUAAUUUAUUUACACCACCAACCACACCGCAGCACUUUUUAGAUACAACAAUUGAACGUUUUUUAAAUGCAGGCAGGUACAUUUAACUGUUAUAGUGUGUAUUUUUUAAUGGCACGCACGUUAUUGGCCAGAGACAAUUGUGCUCGUUAAAAGUAUAACCUAAAAGCCGAAAGGCUUAGCAAAAGUCCCAGUUUAAUUUCUUCUCAACAACUUUUUUGAAAAGUGUUUUGAAAGUGCGUAGAACAAUACACACAUUGAUAAUUACCAUAUACAUAUAAAUAUAUAUACACCAUAUAUUACUGUAGAAAUAAGCCAGCUUACACGUUGAAGAAACAAUAAAGAUUCGGAUCGUACAAAAAUA